AUGGAAAAGCAGAGACUGGAGCAGAGGCUGGAGCAGAGACUGGAGCAGGGACCAAAGCUGGAGCAGAGACUGGAGCAGAGACUGGAGCAGAGACUGGAGCAGAGACUGGAGCAGAGACUGGAGCAGAGACUGGAGCAGAGACUGGAGCAGAGACUGGAGCAGAGACUGGAGCAGAGACUGGAGCAGAGACUGGAGCAGAGACUGGAGCAGAGACUGGAGCAGAGACUGGAGCAGAGACUGGAGCAGAGACUGGAGCAGAGACUGGAGCAGAGACUGGAGCAGAGACUGGAGCAGAGACUGGAGCAGAGACUGGAGCAGAGACUGGAGCAGAGACUGGAGCAGAGACUGGAGCAGAGACUGGAGCAGGGACCAAAGCUGGAGCAGAGACUGGAGCAGAGACUGGAGCAGAGACUGGAGCAGAGACUGGAGCAGAGACUGGAGCAGAGACUGGAGCAGAGACUGGAGCAGAGACUGGAGCAGAGACUGGAGCAGAGACUGGAGCAGAGACUGGAGCAGAGACUGGAGCAGAGACUGGAGCAGAGACUACAGAGGCCCCGAGAGGCAUGA